AUGAAAAACAACAAAACGAAUGUAAUCCCAACUUUAAGCGCAUUCAUACCGAAGAAAGAGAACCCAACUGUCCCCCACUACAAUAAUAUCAAAAUAAACGAAGAUAUACACAUCCCUGAUGAUAUUAAAAAAGAUUUUACGAGACUACUAAGAAGCGUCGUUCAACUUAACAUUAAGGAAGCCCUACACCAGGGGAACAAUAAUCACCCACCUGGAGAUCAACAGAAAAACUUCUCAGGCAUGCCACCAACGUAUAAGAAUGCUCCCCCUGGGAAUGGAACAAACAAUAAAUCAUUUUUAAACAAAUUCAUAGACCAUUUUAAAAAAUAUAUAAUGUACUACUUAGGAGGCCUCGUGGUUUUUUCUGUCUUUGCAUUGGCUAUGCAAUGUUCAGACGUAAGCGACAAAAAGAGAAAGAAUCCUGCCAAAAGGGACAGAAGCAAAAUUACCAAUUAUCGAAGAGACAUUGAAAGCUGA